UGCAGCAUUUAGCUACCAUCAUGCAAAAGAGUUAGCCACGAAGCUAAGCUGUUUACAUGUAUUUAUGGCCAUGAGCAUGUGCCUCACUGUACUUUAUACGGUGUUUACAGAUUACAGGUGAUGUAGUUGGACGCAAGAAUGUUUACAACAGCGUGAUUCCAAUAACAAGUGAAUGUGGAGGAUUUCAUAAACGUUGGCUAGGCUUAAGAGCAACUAGCUAGCUAACUAUCCAGCUAACGACCGUUAGCUCGCUAAAACAGCUAGCUUUGGCUAGCUAACGUUAGCUACCUGCCACACUAUCUAUCCAUCUGCAAGAUAUCAGUCGGCGUCUCGUCGUGGGACACUAAAAAGGGAACACCAUGGAUAAGGCGGAUUUCUUAAAGGGUCUCCCCGUUUACAACAAGAGCAACUUCAGCCGGUUCCAUGCAGACUCUGUGUGUAAAGCAUCGAACCGAAGACCGUCCGUGUACCUCCCGACAUGCGAGUACCCCUCAGAACAGAUUAUUGUCACAGAGAAAACCAAUAUCCUCCUGCGCUACCUUCAUCAUCAGUGGGACAAAAAGAACGCAGCGAAGAAGAGGGAACAGGAGCAAGGAGAGGGAGGGAGUCCAGCACCGCCACGCAAAAUCGCCAGGACAGAUAGCCAAGAGAUGAACGAGGACUCUUAGGAGUGUGUGUGUGCAUGGCUACGUGUGUGUGUGUGUAUGUACGGAUGCGUGCAUCUGUGGAGGAAGCACACGGACAAGCCCACAACGACAGACAUAAGAGGAGAGACGUGAAGACAUACGAAACACGGACAAACAACCUGAGAACAAGUCCCCCCUGGUUUGGGAAAGACAAAACAUUUUUUGUUGUUGUUGUUACCUUCUGCAAAGAGCUUCCUGCCAGGUCCAGUGCAGUUUUCAGCUUCACUGCCCAGCCUUGGCCACAUGGGGGUGCUGCAACAUCUUUCCACACAGUUUGCUUCGGCAGACACAAGUAUACAUUGUGAUUGUGAACCGCUACCUGCCAAAACCCGGCCGCCACAACAGGGGAAGAAACUGCCCCCCCACCCCCCAGACUUGUGUUAAUGUUCAAUAUGCAUUAUCUUCCAUGAUUCUGUUUUGAAUUUGUGUGUGUUUGAAGUUUGUGCUGGCUUGUUUUACUGUACAUUUUAGGACUGAACUCUUUCCUCAUGUAUUGCCCCCUACUGGUCAAUAGGGAUAACAUGACAAGUGACUCAACAGUUUACUAGCUUAGUUUGAAUGUUUGCAGCUUUCUUGCAAUGUAUCGCUGUUAAACAGGGUAUUAUAGAAUGGCAAGCCAAAUUGUUUUUUGUCACCAGGUGUUGACUAUUCACUUUACCAGAAUUGUUUGGAAUUUGUUUACACUGCAAUCGAUGGACCCAUUAUGUAUGUUUGUGAAGAUCUCACCUUACCUGCACAACCAAGUGAUAGCAGAGGUAGAGCAAAGAAUAGUAGCCUAUGUCAAUAUGAUGGGUGGAGAGAGAUUGUUGUAUUCAGUAUUAAGACCAAUGAAAAUACUAUAGCCAGCUGUUAGAUAUUAAGGUCUCGGCUUUAUAUUUCUCAAAAUAAAUGACAUUGCAUCUGCCUUUUUGUAAAAUAAAUAUAUAUGUAGCUACAUGGA